AUGCUCAUCUCUAGCUUAGGCUGUGCUCAUCAUCAUUUGUGCUUUGAACUUCUUGAGUGUAAAUUGCUCGUGCGCUUCUGGACGAGAAAUUUUUGCUGUACUUGAAAAAAUGUUUGCUCUUGUUUCCGGCAGAAAUUCUUCGUGUUCAUCGCUCUGGCGCUGGUUGGCUGCGCGGCUGCCGCACAGCUGCCCGACUCGGCGACACAGGGACCCAAUCCGCAGGACAUUGCCACACCCGAACCGGAAUACAUUGACAUCGAGGAGCCGGCACCAGGACCAGCUGCUGCUGCCCCAGCGCCACGUCCAGUCGCCGCGCCACGUCAGCUGUCCGUUGCGCCGCUGCCGCGUCCCAUAUCACGGCCCAUCGCUGUGGCGGCCCAGCCGAUCGCCUAUGCCCAGCAGCCAAUUCUGCAGCGCGCCCAAUACCUGCCGCCCCUGGCCCAGCAGCAUCAGGUGCCCGGGCAUGCGUACAGCAGCCAGUCCGGCUAUCAGUACCGUCGUCCAGUCUAUGUAAGGCGCUUCUAUCGUCAGCGCCGCUACUAA